GGAAUUUAUUAUCAGGGGUGGUGGUGGUGAAAAACUUUUAUUGAUGAGAAGGCCAAAAGUAAAAACAAAUUAAAAAAUUAAAAAGCAGCGUUGUGGGCGGCCUUCAGGCUGCCGGUUGUGGCGUCCAGGCCAUGCCUAGUCGCGACGUCCUCCGCCCAGUUCACCAGCCGGAGUUGGAUAUCCGGCUCGGUGCUGGACAAAGCAGCCUCCCACUGCUGCAGAUUGCUUAGGCGCCAAGAGGCAGGGGGCAAGUGUGCCGGACAGGAGAAUAGGACGUGAACGUAAUCGGCGCGGGAGCCGUCACAUAAGCGGCAAGGCGGCGAGUGCGUCCCGGGGUGGAAGAGGGCAAGACGUGCGGGAGUAAGAUAGGUAUGGGCCUGAAGGUGGCGCCAUAAGUGUUGGUGGGGCUGGGAAAGGGAUUGGUGCGGAGGGGGGAAGGUGAGACGAGAGAGGCGAUAGUGCUGCGUGAUAUCGCGGUACGUGAGGAGCGCGUCGCGCGUAUCCAUUCCCGGCGGGGACGGGCUUGCUCGGUCAGUCGAAUCUCGAGCGAUGGAAUUGGCCGCCUCGUUACCAGGAUGGGCCGCAUGAGCGGGCACCCAGAUGAUUUGGAUGGGGCGAGAGGGAACGGUAUCGGAACGCAAUAUUCCGAUGGCCGGGUGUGCCACCCGUCCAACCGCGUAGUUGUGGACCGCAGGUUUGGAGUCGCUGAAGAUGUACUUCGCGGAGGUUUGCGUGAUCAGGGGAAGUUUGCAUAACUGUGACAUUGCUUCUUUUUUGCUGAACGACGACAAUGACGACGACGACGACAUGGACGACAAUAACGACAACAUGGACGUCGACGACAUGGACGACAAUAACGACGACAUGGACUCGUAAUUUAAUUGUCCAUGUCAUCGUUAUUGUCGUCCAGUCGACGACAAUAACGACGACAUGGACGACAAUAACGAUGCAGCCGCCGCGACUGGCAUUCGAUCCCGAGACAUCGUGCUCAGCGUGCCGCGCAACUCCCAAAGCCUCUACUCAACCACGGCGGGCCGUGUAUGUUCUGCUACAGUCGUGGAGGACUACAGUCGCCGACCGAUUUUCCGGACUCCAAAAAUUCGGACAUGCCCGAUUAUUCGGUCAGCUUCGCGGCACCGCCAUUCUCCCCAUAGACCAUAAUGUAUAACAACUGCCGAAAGUUCGGACGCCCUGCAACCCCUCGUCUGAUUUUUCGGACACUUCUUGAGCCAACUCGUUCGAGCGCAUCAUGCACCAACUCUGACCGCGGCGCAUAGUUCGACUUGCUGAACGCCAUUUUUGUUUUGAACGGAGCCUCCUUGCUGCCCCACGAAGUGGCGCUACUGGAAAUCCCCGCUCAUCAUCAUCGUUUCUGCCUGGUUCGAUAGAGUGGUCGUACAGUAGUUCCGGUUUCAGCUUAGUAAGUUAUGUCAAGACAAUCCAGCAGCUGAUUUCUUUCUUUCGCGCAAGACGCUGCGAGUAGCACGUUUUUCGUUUGUGCGACUGGUGUCGGCACGGUGGUGUUUGCGUUGUGUGCUGUGUCGAGGUUUCGGUGAUCCAACGUGGCGUACGGAAACAUCGCGUCAAGUGUCUAAUGGCGCCGACAGUGCCCGCGCAGACUGCGCUGGGGAAUGCCGGCAAGCGGGUGCCGGGAGGCCUAAGAUUUGUCGCCUUCCGAUGUGCUCCCUACUGACGCGGAAAAUAUUCUGCCGAGACCUGCGCAGUGGUUGCAUUGUGAUUCCGGACACCGUCUCAUUUGACAGUUUCACAAGUGCUGACACUGCUGUACUGACAUGCGCAGAACUCGACGACGGCGAGAUCGUUCGUUAGGUUUCUGCUGCUCCGCCGGACGAUGACGCACCAUGUGCUACGCUGCCGUCGCAUGCGGAGCGUGCACAAGCAGUGACUGUGCUUUCAGCCGCCUAUAGUGACCGUACGACCCUCUCCGAGAUUCAGGCUUAUCUGAUUGCGCGUAAACGGGACAGCGUGCAACGGCGCACUCACGAUUUCUUCAAGCCUACUGCCGAGCCCGAAGAAGUGCGUGGAAAUAAAGGAUUUCAUUUUUUUUUCUUAAUCUGCUUUUUCGGACACCUGUUUAUUCCGACAUUUCCGCAGUCCCCGUGAGGUCCGAAUAAACGGUCGGCGACUGUAUUUCAAUAGUUAGGUAGUAGACUUAUUUUGAGUCUAAUUUGAUAUAAGCUGUACCAUUUUAUCUGAAUUUGUUUAUUGAAUGACCAUUUUCUGUUAUCAGAGGGUAAUCUUUUUGCUUGCCAAGAUACGUGCGUUAUCCUGCUGCCCACACUCGUAAUUUUUGCACCCGGCACGGGCACUCGAUCCCAGAGUUGCCACAAGCCAUGACGCACCGUACUUCUGUCAGCCUUGAAGAAUCGGUGUAGUGGAUCCAACGACUACACCCGGAAAUUCAAGCGGUUUCCUUCCUGGUUUCGCAUGUUUGCUGCACAGGAGACGGCAAAGCAUUAUCACUACUAUUCAGUGGCUCUGAAGGAUGGUCACAUUGAGCUACGCUUGAACGGCGGUGCUGGGGAAGUGGCCUCGCGUUCGGAACAGCGCUACAAUGACAACAAAUUCCACACCAUCACUGUCAUCAAGAGGCAUCGAAAGAUUCAAGUUAAUGUUGACGACGCUGAAAUAGACAGCCUGCGGUUGCCGAAGGGCACAGGCGACAUUGAAGGUCCUGGCCUGGGAGGCCUCUUCUUUGGGGGCGUCCGAGGUGGCACCGCCAUAGGUGACCAUGUGGCGACCCGGGACCACUUUGUGGGUACCAUCAAGGAUGCAGUCUUCAAUGAUGUCCUCCUGGGCUUCAACUUCCCGGUGUCGCACGAAGGAGCCGGCAUCGGACAGCUGCUGAAGCGCCCGCGUCCUAUGCCACCCGAGCAUGACCGAAUGGCCGUCCCCACGGAGCAACAACUCGACCAGUGCUCAGACCAGCCGCCGCCCGACUUGCACGAAAAGGCCGUCAAGUUUGGGGACACUCUCAACAGCCAUGUGAAGUUGUUCGAUGCCAUCGAGUUCAAAAACAACUUUAACGUGAGCCUGGAGCUGCGGACGUACUACCCCAACGGAGUGCUGCUGCUGGCCCAAGCCGGUUCCCUGAAUCGGCACUUCGCUCUUGUCCUGUCUGGAGGCCGAGUCUUGCUUGAAAUCACAGAGAAGACGUCAAAGAAGCUCCACAGCCAUGGUGGCCUUAAUGACGGCGACUGGCAUCACGUUGGCCUUUCAAAGGAAGGCUCCCGACUGACACUGUCCGUGGACGACAAGGCGGCAUUGAAGUUGCAGGUGCACAAGCGAAUGCAUUUCCGCAGCCCGCUAUUCGUUGGCGGCAUUGCGUCAAGCCUCUCCGUCCCUGAGGAUCUCGUGAAAGAGAGCUUCAAGGGUUGCAUCCGGAACUUCAAUGUCAACAACAGAUAUGUGGAGUUGGCCAGUGGAGAGUCGAAUGGCGUUGGACAGUGCUUAGCCAACAUAGAGCCUGGAGCAUUCUUCCAGGGAGAUGCCUACGCUGUUUAUGACGAGCAGUUCAAUGUGGACAAUAAGCUGGAACUGCAGCUAGAAUUCCGAACAUGGAGACUGAAUGGUGUCCUGAUGAGCUUGGCCGAAAAUCCAGAUGGUGAGUGAAGUCAUAAAACUUGCC